CAAUCUGACAAACUAUAUAAAUUAGAAGAAAAACUUGCUUGUACUGCUUGUUACAAAACAUACUAUAAAAUCCUUGACCCAGAAGACCCUAGAAGCCAGGAGUAUUAUAAUAUAAGACUUG